AUGUCGUAUGUCGAGGGCCAGCAAAACGAGGGUAACACCUCUGACGUCGAUGGCGAAGGCGAAGGCAGCACCUCGCGCAUCGAGAACCAGCUGGACGGAGAUGAUGUUCAGCCGCAACAAUCUCAAGCAGCAGCGGCACAUGUGCAAGCUCUGCAGCGACGGAAAAUUGCUCAGCUGGAGGAGAAGCUGGAGGUCCUGCAGUCGGGGCGCGCAGUCAAGGAAAGGCAAGCAAUCUGGUAUGUAGCUAAAGGAAGAGCAAUCAGGCGUGUUGUCGCCCUGUUCGACAGUAUCGAGGACCUCGUCGCCGAAAACGACAGAAGAUACGAGACCGAUGACCCAGAUACUACUACCGAACAGGAUCGACUGCAAAUAGGUUACACCACGCUUACUAGAACCUUGCCGUGGUUUUACAAGAAGGGUUCAGAGAUGGAGUACGAGGAGUAUUCGCACAUGUUGAAGAUGCUUCGACAGGGGGCUGAUGGCGCUCGAGGAGAUGACACCUCGAAACUGAAGACCCUCGUUUCGGAAUGGGUCAAUCGUGAAUUCAAGCCGGCUUCCCUCGUUGACCCCAACGAUAAACAUUCCCGUGGAUUCGCCCAUGAUGUGUGUGGCAAGUUACUUUGUCCGGCCGAGCUUGAUUGGGAUAACCCAGAAGUGAGGGCAGGAAUCAGAAAUCGCUCGGAUGGGUAUAUCGUCACAGAUCUAUCCUUCCCCGCUUACUUGUACGACAAGUACACUGCCAAUCCGGACGACCUUGAGGAAGGUCUUUUCAAAGGCAAGAUCCUCAUUCAGGGCUACAAGGCCGUAUUCACGUCCCCUUCCUCAGCAAAAGAUGUCGACGGCGACGGCGACGGUGCAGAUGUCAUCAGCAACAACCGACGGGCCAGGAAGUCUCUGUCCGGAAUCAAGGUCAAAAAACACGUGGCACAGAUCAUCCAACUGGAAAAAGUCACUCCUCGCUCGAUCGCAUACAUCGUAUGUCAAGUGCGAUUCGCACUUUCUUCCAUUACCUCAUGGCGGUCCAUGGAUGGCGACUUCGACUACGAACAGUUUUGGCGGACCAUCGUGGACUUCUUCGAAAGGGCCCCUGGUCGAGAAGCGCACCGCAGGGUGGAAAGACUUCUCGAAUGGUGGACCAGAAAAGUUUUCGGGAGGAAUCGCCGAGGUGAACUUAACGACGUAAUGAAGGCCAAUAUGUCUGUCAAUGCUCUCGCAAGGCAGAGAGAACAGCGUGAUGACGCUGCGUUUGAUUCACCCUAG